GUGGGUUGCAUGUUGUCCGCGGUCGCUCCCCACGUGCUCCUGGUAGUCGGACGAGAAAGUUGUUCUGCACUUUUGUUGCUACUGGUGCGCUAGGAUAGCGUUUCUAGUCGCAUGCGCAUUCUAAACCAGGUGGUUAUUUGCUCUGUAGUCGCUGGUACACUCGUUUACGUACUCUACCGGAGGAGGCGAAGGCGGAACUACGGGCCCUCUGUCGAAGAAUCAGAGGUCAGUUACCGGACAUAGUUUUCAUUUGCAUACAGUUAGAGGAAAAGUACGACUCGUCAGCAUCGUACGAUUUAUUGUUUUAUCUGCCGGGGGUAGGUUUGUGUUUGUAUCGCUUAAUGUUUUCUGCAGGCUGAAGAUCCCCCUGAAUUUACAGAGUGUAUCGAGUUUACCAAGCCACUGAUAUCGACAAUAGCAAAAGUAUUGUCCGUCGGUUGUUUGACAUCUUCAGGUUACCCUCUGUGCAAACGUUUGCUUGGUGAAUUCCACGGAUUCACUCGCGCCCCCCGAUCUGGAUUCCAGCACAGUAGAACCGGUCCCCAACACAGGCACUGAAAUGAGUCUCCUCGAACUCGAGACCGCCAUUGAGGCAUCGGUCGCCACUUUCGACCGCAGCUCCCUCAGUUCUGGGUCAGGUUCGGAACAUGCCCUUACUCCAGAGUCGAGUGUUUCUGUGAGUAGCCCGGAAAUCCCUAGCCGAAUCAAGUUACCACCUGGUUGUUUCAACGACCCUAUGAAUGAUAUAUAUGAGGGGAACCCAGAGGAGCUAAAUGGUACAAUCAUUCCAAAGGUAUUGAUCCCGAGUGAUAUGUGGGCAGAGGCUGUGGACCAGGAUAUCUGGCAUGAAACCUUCUGUGUGCCGGCGCACAUGGGGGGUGUUUUAAUUGGUCGACUUGGAAAGUAAGUCGUCCCUUCGUUUGUUAUGUUUUGCUUCAGAAAUGUGAGGGAGCUAAAGAACAUCUGGCAAGCAGAGUUUUCCCUGAAUACCUGUCCUGGACGUCAGGACACACUAAUUUUCAGACUAUCCUGUCCUGUGAAACAUAAAGAUGACGUGUUGAGAUGGGUAGCCCGACGUUUUCGGAUGCGGCCUUCGAAGACGCCUAUCGGAAACCCGAAUCAGCUAAAACGCUAUCUACCUCUUGGUGAACCGGUACCAGUGCAUGUCCGAAGCCUCUACGCAUCCAAGGAAUUUUUCGUUACCAUUCAGGAUGAUGAAUAUUCCCGGUAUCUGAAGCUUCAGGCGGAAUUGGAUAGUGACUACAACACCGUUAACAAUUUUCGAGUGCAGCUGUGCGAACCGGUCACUUCCGGCACGGUCGCAGUCGUUCCACAUAGUCAGGGUUUCGCAAGAGCUUUGAUCAUCAGUGUGCAUUCAACUUGGCCGAAAACCGUCUUUUACUUCCUACUGGAUCAUGGAACAUUCGGAGUUGUAGCACUGAACAAACUGCGUAAAAUCAGAUGGAAACCUGUUGUCGAGCUUCUGUCGCUUUUGGCGAACCCUACCCACCCCCUUACUCCACUAGCGGGCUUUUGGACAUUCUCGUUAACGCCUGUAACAGUGGGCUUUAUAUGGCCAUCCCCCUUGCACUAUAUCCUAAUAGACAAUCAUGGUUAAAUGGAACAAAUAUCCCCUACUAUCCCUUUACUUACAGCGCAAUUGACUAUCCCGCCCUGGUAAGUUUUAUUGCUGAGGCAUCCUCGCCUACGCCUGAGGAACAAUAUUCAGCAAAAGCUAGUUGUCCAGGUGUCUAUUCGCUUGCAAAUCCUGUCCAGUUUUCCACUGAUUCAUCUAAUCACGGACCUAUUAAUCGAAACCGAAGUUCGCGUGGCGGAGCGCCCCGUCGUCCGUUUGUGUGGAACCCUCGUUAUGUAGGUCUCGGACGAGGCGCGCACCAGAGGUCUCCGGCGGUUUCGCAGAAGGAAAACCAGAAUUUACCUCAGAAACCAGAAAAGACAGAAUCUAAAUUGGUCUCAAGCGAAACACAUGAAUUGGUGAACAGUUCAGAGCCGAAACGUAAGCCACUUGGUGUGCGUAAUGUUCGUGGAAGUGUACAGGCUGUUGGUCACCGAGGCUCCGCUCGAGGUCGUGGCGGGGCUCGUUUUCGUGAUUGA